AUGCAGCUUCCGCUCUUCUUCAAGAUGCUUCCUCUCUUCAUCAAGAUGCUUCCUCUCUUCAUCAAGAUGCUUCCUCUCUUGCUCAAGAUGCAGCUUCCUCUCUUCAACAAAGUACUUCCUCUCUUGAUCAAGGUGCUUCCUCUCUUCAUCAUGCAGCUUCCUCUCUUCUUCAAAGUACUUCCUCUCUUGAUCAAGGUGCUUCCUCUCUUCUUCAAAGUACUUCCUCUCUUGAUCAAGAUGCUUCCUCUCUUCAUCAAAGAUGCUUCCUCUCUUCUUCAAAGUGCUUCCUCUCUUGAUCAAGGUGCUUCCUCUCUUCAUGCAGCUUCCUCUCUUCAACAAAGUGCUUCCUCUCUUCAACAAGUACUUCCUCUCUUCUUCAAAGUACUUCCUCUCUGGAUCAAGAUGCUUCCUCUCUUCUUCAAGAUGCUUCCUCUCUUCUUCAAAGUACUUCCUCUCUUCUGCAACAAAGUACUUCCUCUCUUGAUCAAGGUGCUUCCUCUCUUCAUCAUGCAGCUUCCUCUCUUCAACAAAGUGCUUCCUCUCUUCUUCAAAGUGCUUCCUCUCUUCAUCAGCAGCUUCCUCUCUUCAACAAAGUGCUUCCUCUCUUCUUCAAAGUGCUUCCUCUCUUCUUCAAAGUGCUUCCUCUCUUCUUCAAAGUGCUUCCUCUCUUCAUCAAGAUGCUUCCUCUCUUCUUCAAAGUACUUCCUCUCUUCAUCAUGCAGCUUCCUCACUACAUCAUGUAGCUUCCUCUCUUCAUCAAGAUGCUUCCUCUCUUCUUCAAAGUGCUUCCUCUCUUCUUCAAAGUGCUUCCUCUCUUCAUCAUGCAGCUUCCUCACUCAUCAUGCAGCUUCCUCUCUUCAACAAAGUGCUUCCUCUCUUCUUCAAAGUACUUCCUCUCUUGAUCAAGUGCUUCCUCUCUUCUUCAAAGUACUUCCUCUCUUGAUCAAGAUGCUUCCUCUCUUCAUCAAGAUGCUUCCUCUCUUCAUCAAGAUGCUUCCUCUCUUGCUCAAGAUGCUUCCUCUCUUCAACAAGUACUUCCUCUCUUGA